GGAUUUUCGAGUCUCCCCUUCGACGCAAGCGAUUCUACAGCUAAUUCCCGAAGCCGAGACUUGGUAGGUGCGGCCGACCAUUGGAAACGUGAGAUCUGUGAAGACUCAUGGACGAAGGAGCCCAGAAGAGGAAAGAACAGGAGUCAGGCAUGGCUCUUUCUCAGGCACAGUUGACCUUCAAGGAUGUGUUCAUAGAUUUCACUCCUGAGGAGUGGGAAUGCAUGGACCCUGCACAGAGGACCUUGUACAAGGACGUGAUGGUGGAGACCCUCGGGAACCUGCUGUCUGUGGAUAUGUCUCAGAUAGAUAUGAUCAAGAAAUUACAGGCAAAAGCAGACAGUGGUAAAGGGGAAAUUUUUCAAAGAGUGAUGUUUGAAAGAGCUGAAAGCCUUGAAAGCAAAGAUUUUCACCUCAGGAAGAUCCAGGAAAAUAUAGAUGACCUUGAUUGUCUGCAGACAGAUGAUGAAAGAAAUGACAAAGGAUUGUCUACAUCCCAUAACAAAAACCUCACUGAUGGAAGAGAUCAUCAUAGUAGAAGUGAUGCAGAAAAUGGAACUUUUGAAAGGCACGGGUCAAGCUUUCAGGAUGGAUUGCAGAUGAUGCAAUCUGAAGGGAUAAUUUUUGAAUGUAGUCAAGUUGUGACAGACGUCAGUGCCUCAGGUUUAUCAUCUCAGAGAACUCGUAAAGAUGAGAAUGCUGUUAUGCAUCCUUCAGAACUGUUACGAGACCAUGAAACACAAAAUAAAGGACCUUACAAAUGUAAUGAGUGUGACAUAACCUUUCUUCAGGACUCAGAACUCACUAAACAUCAAAGAAUCCAUACAGGAGGAAAACCAUAUAAAUGUGACAUGUGUGGCAAGGCUUUUAAUCAAACUAGAAAACUUGCAAUUCAUUGGAGAAUUCAUACUGGAGAAAAACCACAUAAAUGUGAUGUGUGUGGCAAGGUCUUUAGUCAAACUGCAAACCUGGCAGUUCAUCAGAGAAUUCAUACUGGAGAGAAGCCAUACAAAUGCAAUGUAUGUGGCAAGGCGUUUAGUCGUAGUGCAAACCUUACUGUUCAUCGGAGACUCCAUACUGGAGAGAAACCAUAUAAAUGUGAUGUAUGUGGCCGAUGCUUUACUCAAAACUCACAACUUGGAGUUCAUCGGAGAACUCAUACGGGAGAGAAGCCAUACAAAUGCAAUGUAUGUGACAGGGCGUUUAGUCAUACUGCAAGCCUCAGUGUUCAUCGGAGACUUCAUACUGGAGAGAAACCAUAUAAAUGUGAUAUAUGUGGCAGAGCCUUUAGUCAAACUUCAAGCCUUGCAGUUCAUCGGAGUAUUCAUACUGGAGAGAAACCAUAUAAAUGUGAUGUAUGUGGCAAGGCCUUUAAUCAGACUGCAAAACUUGGACUUCAUCGGAGAAUUCAUACUGGAGAGAAACCAUAUAAAUGUGAUGUAUGUGGCAAAGCCUUUAAUCACACUACAGGACUUGAACUUCAUCAGAGAAUUCAUACUGGAGAGAAGCCAUACAAAUGCAAUGCAUGUGACAAGGCAUUUAGUCAUACUUCAAACCUUACUGCUCAUUGGAGACUUCAUACUGGAGAGAAACCAUAUAAAUGUGAUAUAUGUGGCAAGAGUUUCAGUGUAAGUUCAAGCCUUGCUGUUCAUCAGAGAGUUCAUACUGGAGAGAAACCAUAUAAAUGUGAUGUAUGUGGCAAGGCUUUUAGUCAGACUGCAAAACUUGGACUUCAUCAGAAAAUUCAUACUGGAGAGAAAUCUUAUAAAUGUGAUGUGUGUGGCAAGGCAUUUAGUCGUACUGGAAACCUUGCUGUUCAUCGGAGACUUCAUACUGGAGAGAAACCAUAUAAAUGUGAUAUAUGUGGCAAGGCUUUCGGAGUAAGCUCAAACCUUGCUGUUCAUCGGAGAGUUCAUACUGGAGAGAAACCGUAUCAAUGUGAUGUGUGUGGCAGGGCUUUUAGUCAAGCUACAGGCCUUGCAGUUCAUCAGAGAAUUCAUACUGGAGAAAAACCAUAUAAAUGUGAUGUAUGUGGCAAGGCCUUUAAUCACACUACAAGACUUGAACUUCAUCAGAGAAUUCAUACUGGAGAGAAGCCAUACAAAUGCAAUGUAUGUGACAAGGCAUUUAGUCGUGCUGCAAACCUUACUGUUCAUCGGAGACUUCAUACUGGAGAGAAACCAUAUAAAUGUGAUAUCUGUGGCAAGGGUUUCAGAGUAAGUUCAAACCUUGGUGUUCAUCGGAGUGUUCAUACUGGAGAGAAACCAUAUAAAUGUGAUGUGUGUGACAAGGCGUUUAGUCAUACUGGAAACCUUGCUGUUCAUCGGAGAGUUCAUACUAGAGAGAAACCAUACAAAUGUGAUGUGUGUGGCAAAGCGUUUAGUUGUACUGGAAACCUUGCUGUUCAUCGGAGACUUCAUACUGGAGAGUAACCAUGUAAUUAUGGUAUAUGUGCCAAGGCUUUCACUGUAAGUUCAAGCCUUGCUGUUCAUCAGAGAGUUCAUACUGGAGAGAAACCAUAUAAAUGUGAUAUGUGUGGCAAGGCCUUUAAUCAAACUACAAGACUUGAACUUCAUCAGAGAAUUCAUACGGGAGAGAAACCAUACAAAUGCAAUGUAUAUGACAAGGCAUUUAGUCAUACUGCAAACCUUACUGUUCAUCAGAGACUUCAUACUGGAGAGAAACCAUAUAAAUGUGAUAUAUGUGGCAAGGGUUUCAGAGUAAGUUCAAACUUUGGUGUUCAUUGGAGUGUUCAUACUGGAGAGAAACCAUAUAAAUGUGAUGUGUGUGGCAAGGAGUUCAGUCAUACUGGAAACCUUGCUGUUCAUCAGAGAGUUCAUACUGGAGAGAAACCAUAUAAAUGAGGUAUAUGUGGCAGGGCUUUCAGUGUGAAUGCAAACCUUGCAGUUCAUCAGACAAUUCAUACUGGAGAGAACCUUACAAAUAUAAAAAAUUUUGACAAACCAUUUAGGCACAAUCAUCCAUAACUCAUCAUCAGGCAGUUCAGACAGGAGAAACCAUAUAAAUAUGAUGUAUAUGGCUGGUGCUUUACUUGAAAUGACAAACUUAGAAACCAUCGGAGAAUUCAUACUAGAGAGAAAUAUUAGAAAUGUGACAGUUGUGAGAAACAUAUUAGUGCAAAUGUCGUGAGUGUGACAAUGCCUUUAGUCAAGUGUCUAGGACUUAUAAUUCAUCAGAGAAUUCAUCGUGUAUUGAAAACAUACAAGUGAAAUAAAUGUAUCAGAGUUUCUAGUGCAUGUUCAGCAUUAACUGCCCAUUAGGCAGUUCAUACAUAAGAGAAACCAUGUAAAUGUUAUUUAUGUGGCAAACCCUUCAGUGACAAGAAAUGACAUUGCAGAUCAUCUGAGAAUCCAUUCUGCAGUGAAAACUUACACAUGUAGACAAUACAGUAAAAUAUAUCAACUUUCUGACCCUCAGAAAGUUCAAACUGUAGGAAAACUACACCAAUGUGUUAGGUGUGGGAAAGCUUUGAUCAUCUGUUCAGCCUAACUCACCAUCCGUUAAUUUUUUUUUUCUUUUUUUACAAUAGUGUGAUGGUUUUUGUUGUAUAUCAACAUGAAUAGGCCAUAGGCGUACAUAUGUGCCCUCCCGCCUGAACCCAGCUCUCUCCCCACCAUAUCCCUCCAGAUUGUCCGAGAGCACUUGCUCGUACAUCAAACUCCCACUGGCUCUUUUACAUAUGGUAAUAUACAUGUUUCAGUGCUAAUCUCUUAAACCCUGCCAUCCUAUUUCUUCUUUUUUUUUUUUUUAAUAGGUUUUCCUUAGCGUUGCUUUGUCUAUCCACAUGUUAUGACCCAGUUUUAAUGUUUAGUUUACAUUUCUUUCCUGCUUUACACUAACAAAUACAUAAGUCAAUGGGUUAUUUUGAGACUUUUGUAACAUUAAAAUGCACGUAGACGAUGACAGGGAACAUAGUGGGUGCCCUGUAAAUGUAAAGAAAGACAGUUCCUUUAGGACUUGAGUUCAGUCAGAUAAAUCACAUAGAAACAGUUACAGAUAGUGCCAAGUUGAUAAUUUUGGUGAAAAAAAUUCUAGUGUCUUCUUAAGACUUUAUAUUUUACAAUGUGCUUUGUUGUCCACAACUGACAGAUCUUUCAGAAACAGACAACAAAGAAAUGAGAGAAAAUAUAUUACAAUUUUUCAACAAGAAGUAAAUUGCCUAACUACCGUCAGGUGAUCAUAUAGUAAUCUGACAUUCCAUUACAUUAAAGUAUUCGCUUAAGUAUUAUGUAUUAUGAUGUAAACAACUUUUUCUCAUGUAAGUAUUUGAAGCUUUGUCAUCAUAAGCGUGGAACAGAAAGUUGUAUAAAGAAGUAUGCAUUUCUCAUUAAAAGUUUUUUCCUCU